AGUCCCUCCUCCCUGAUCCCCCAUUGGGUUAGUGGCUCCUGCAGCCCUGCCAGUGAGGGACAAAUGAGAAGAGCUGUUGAUUUUUUCCCCUUGGCCAUUCAGAAUUUCCCCACAUAAAUACUGAGAAAGACCCUGCUCUCUCCUCACUUCUUCUCUGGACUUGGCCCUGAGCUGGACCUGGUCCCCUGGGGUGGGCUGGGUUAUGGGGGACCUGUUUAUGUUCUGGGUGGCUGUGGGCACAUGCUGUGCCACCUUCCGUGCCUCGGCCUGGUCUGUGAACAAUUUCCUCAUAACAGGUCCCAAGGCCUAUCUGACCUACACUACCAGUGUGGCCUUGGGUGCCCAGAGUGGCAUCGAGGAGUGUAAGUUCCAGUUUGCUUGGGAACGCUGGAAUUGCCCUGAAAAUGCUCUCCAGCUCUCCACCCACAACAGGCUGAGAAGUGCCACCAGAGAGACUUCCUUCAUUCAUGCGAUCAGCUCUGCUGGAGUGAUGUACACCAUCACCAAGAACUGUAGCAUGGGUGACUUCGAAAACUGUGGCUGUGAUGAAUCAAAAAAUGGAAAAACUGGAGGCCAUGGCUGGAUCUGGGGAGGCUGCAGCGACAAUGUGGAAUUUGGGGAAAGGAUCUCUAAACUCUUUGUGGACAGUUUGGAGAAGGGAAAGGAUGCCAGAGCCCUGAUGAAUCUUCACAACAACAGGGCCGGCAGGCUGGCAGUGAGAGCCACAAUGAAAAGGACCUGCAAAUGUCAUGGCAUCUCAGGGAGCUGCAGCAUCCAGACGUGCUGGCUGCAGUUGGCUGACUUCCGGGAGAUGGGAGACUACCUAAAGGCCAAGUAUGACCAGGCGCUGAAAAUUGAGAUGGAUAAGCGGCGGCUAAGGGCUGGGAACAGCGCUGAGGGCUGCUGGGCACCCAGUGAAGUCUUCCUUCCUAGCGCAGAUGCUGAGCUGAUCUUUUUAGAGGAAUCACCAGAUUACUGUACCCGCAAUUCCAGUCUGGGCAUCUAUGGCACAGAGGGUCGCGAGUGCCUACAGAAUAGCCACAACACAUCCAGGUGGGAGCAACACAGCUGUGGGCACCUGUGUACUGAGUGCGGGCUGCAGGUGGAAGAGAAGAGAACUGAGGCCAUGAGCAGCUGCAAUUGCAAAUUCCAGUGGUGCUGUACAGUCAAAUGUGACCAGUGUAGGCAUGUGGUGAACAAGUACUACUGCAUGCGCUCCCCAGGCAGUGCCCAGUCCCAGGGUACGGGCAGCACCCGAUAACACCCCUGGCAAACUCACUUGCCCCAUCAUGAGAUAAGACACAGCUUCUCUCUCGGAGAUAGUAGAUUAGAAAACAUUUACAAAACUAACAGGAAUGGUCUGUAGUCCUCAUGAUAUCUGCUAUAGAUGGGGAAAUGGAGGCCCAAGGUUAUAGAGCAUAUUCUUGGCAGAGGUGAAAUUGGAACCUGGGCCUCCUAAUUUAGGGAAACCCCAUUUCAUUUCUCCUUCAAGUUAUGUCCUGGUCUUUGUGCUUGUACUUAUGCAGCUUGGUAAAGGGGGAGUUUGGUUAGGGGUCCAUAUCCAGAGGGACCCCCCAAAGUACCUGUUCCUUUAAGUUUCAGACUAUGUCCAACCCAGCUGUGCUGCUGGGAAUCAGAGGGAAUGGAAGCAAAAAAUGAAAGAGUUCUCUUCAGGCUCCUGAAGUAGCAACC